AUGUCGAUUACGGUCAUGCCCAAUCUGGCUCUGGCCGCCACGUCGUCCCUGGAGGCGUCCAUGGCGCUGUGCACCAGCACGUGGCUGCCCGCCAACGGCAUCCUUUCGCUCGACGGCCAGUCGGACGAUGCCAUUCUGACGCUCGACAGCGACGCCCUCUUCCAGGCGCCCUGCCCGACGGCCACGAUCCCGACCGUCUCCGUCGCCGUCAGCGACCCCGCGACCACCGACACGGGAGGAGGCUCGAGCCUGAACCUGCAGGACCUGGGCGAUGACGGCGAUCCCGACGACAGCCCGCACUUUUCCGACUUCCGAGACCCCUUUUACGCCUCGAGCUUCCCGAUAUGCUACGCCCUCGCGGCCACCACCGUCACCGCGUACAUGCUCGUCAUCAUGCUCUUCAUCACGCCCAGGUCCUUCUUCGACAGCGGCGUCGUCUACCUCGGGCGCCCCGGCGGCUUCACCAACAGCUCCUCGGGCGGCGUCAACAUUGGCGGCCGCCCGUGGCUGCAGAAGCUGGCCGCCCUGACUGUAGCGAUAUCCCUGACGAUUGCCACGGCGGACACGUUUCGGAUCGCAAAGAUACAGUACAUCUGGGGCGUGCAGAACGCAAAGGUGCUGCAGAACGAGGUCAUGGGGAGCACCGAGCUCAAGGCCAUCCGCAUCGUGUCCGACACGUUCCUGUGGCUUGCGCAGGCGCAGACGCUCAUCCGGCUGUUCCCGCGCCACCGCGAGAAAAUCAUCAUCAUGUGGGCCGCCUUCUUCCUCAUCAGCCUCGACGUCAUCUUCAGCGCCCUCAACAGCUUCCUGUACUCGGACCCGGACAGCACCGGCAACUCCAUGCCCAAGAGCUUUGCGCAUCCCAUCCCCGCGCUGAGCUACCUGUUCCAACUGGCGCUCGGGGUGCUGUACGCGGCGUGGGUCGUGUACUAUGCAAUCAUGAAGAAGAGGUACUCAUUCUAUCACCCCCUGAUGAAGAACAUGUGCUUAGUGGCCGGCAUCUCCCUGGGCGCCAUCCUGAUACCGGUCGUAUUCUUCAUACUCGACAUCUCGAAGCCAGAGUUUACUGGCUGGGGAGACUACGUGCGCUGGGUUGGUGCGGCGGCUGCCAGCGUGGUGGUGUGGGAGUGGGUGGAACGAAUCGAGGCGCUGGAGCGUGAGGAGAAGAAGGAUGGGAUCCUGGGAAGGGAGGUGUUUGAUGGAGAUGACACGCUCGAGGUGAACGCAGCGGAGCUCCCCUGGUCGCGGAAGCGAAAGGGCUACAAACCCAAACCGGGCGGAGAUGGCGAUGGCAGGGGAGUCAUGGUGACGGAGAGGGAGCGGAUGCCAGGGGAGGGCGGUUGGCCUGCUGUUUCGGGUAUUGGCGGCCGGCACCGUGAGCGGGAUGGCAGCUCUGGAUACGGACGUGACAACGGAUUAAGUGGUGGGACAGCGGCAGAAAGGACAUCAGGACCUAUCAUGAGAGUGGCGCCGUGGAUCACACGACCUCCUCCGGUCGCGACGCCGGUCAGUAGAACGGACACUACGAGUGCUGCCAGCAGUACGGUAUACGCCGUGAGGCACCAAGGAGGCGGCUCUGACGGCAUGCCAAGGGCAGCCGAUUCGGUAGCGUCCGCUCCGAUGCGGACCGCUGCGGAUGGCCCGAGACCCGAAAGUAACCAAGGCCACCGCCCUGUUGCAGAAGACGCCGCAUCGACAAACCAGCCGCCUUCGUCCGUCUCUCCAGGGGAUUCCCCAACUGGCCAUAUCGCGAUACGGGAGCCGCCGAGGUCGGCAGACUUGGAGGCGAAUUCUAGCUCCGGCGGCGGCGGGCGUUGGCAAGCGCUGCUGCGCCGUGGAAGCGGUGGAACGACAUCACCGGUGCAGUCGUCGCCCAGGCCCUUGUCGGAUACUCGGUCGACCAUUACCACGAGAGCCCGGAUCGAUACAAAUCGGUGGGACAUCCGCGGCAGGCUGGAAGAGUUUGCCAUGAGCCAGGCCGAGAGGAUUCGGGAAAGGCUGCGGCCGACGACGGAUACGGAAAACCUGCCCGUCAUGGUCAUCCCGGCGCCGGCACGACGAGGGGCCGCGCUGCAGCAGGUUCUGGAGGAGGAGGGGGAAGAACUGGGCAGCGCGGCGGCAUCGGCCUUGCGACGUGCGCGGGGGUCCAGCAGCAGCAGCUCUUCUGAAGAGGUAUACGAAGUAAGGGGGCGGAACACCAUGGCGCCCGCCGUGUACUCGAGGGGGACGACGGGCGCACGCGAGAGGCCUAUACCGCCCACCAAUCCGCCUCUGUGGCCCGGGGUUCGGAAUCGGCACCUUUACGACGACGACGAUUACUCGUACGACGACUCGGUGACGGAGACUUCGUCUGUAUUAUCAAGGGAGCACGAGCACGAGCACGAGCAUGAGCAGGAGCACGGCAACGAACAUGAACCAGAUCCGGAGCCUGAGCCGGAGAUCUACACCGGCCGAGAAGACAGGCGCACGAUGCCGCCUGGAGACCCUGGCGCUUCCUCUUCAUAG